GACUUCGUGUCGCUCUGGCGCGACCACAAAGUGGAGAAAGUUGACGCAUCACAAAGCCCGUUGCAAUCUGACCGUUUCACGGACGUUGGUAAGAUCAGCCUCUGGAUCACUUCGAAUUUCAUAUCGUAUCGUCAAAAGAACCUGGUUGAAGAGCUUCCGAUCGCUUCGGCGUUUUUGAAAUGUGUAAGUGGAAUUUACCAAGGGCCUCUCAAGAUCUCAGCAGCAAAUGAACAAAUAUCUGACCAAGAUCCUUCAAAUACGAUAGCGAAGAUUGAUAAACUAUCAAUCUUGGGAGUUCGCUCCUUCGAUAACACGCGCAGCGAGACCAUACAAUUCCAUUCGCCUCUAACAUUGAUUGUCGGACAUAAUGGAUCAGGCAAAACGACUAUCAUCGAGUGUCUCAAAUAUGCCACCACCGGCGAUCUCCCUCCGAACAGUAAAGGCGGUGCUUUCAUUCACGACCCUAAGCUAUGUGGCGAGAAGGAGGUUCUUGCACAAGUGAAGCUUUCCUUCAAAGGAACAUCUGGCGCCAAGAUGGUGGCUACGCGCAGUCUACAGCUCACGGUUAAGAAAACGACAAGACAACAGAAAACCUUGGAGGGUCACCUUAUGAUGAUGAAAAAUGGCGAGCGAACAGCCAUUUCAUCACGAGUGGCCGAGUUAGAUCAAAUUAUGCCGCAGUACUUGGGUGUUUCCAAGGCUGUCCUGGACUCGGUCAUUUUCUGCCAUCAAGAUGAGAGUCUUUGGCCAAUGAGCGAACCCGCCGCUCUGAAAAAGCGAUUCGACGAGAUUUUCGAAGCCAUGAAGUACACCAAGGCCAUUGAUAAUAUUAAGGCUCUUCGUAAAAAGCAGAACGAAGAGCUGGCGAAAUAUAAAAUCAUGGAGCAGCAUUCAAAAGAAGACAAGGACAAAGCAGAUCGUGCAGAGAAACGCUCAGUGAAACUUCAAGAUGAGAUCGAAGAGUUGCGCGACGAAACGCAAAAGAUGUCUAAAGAGAUGCGCCGUGUUGCUGAGCUGGCUGAUAAGGCGUGGAAGGAAUCAGAAGGGUACGCGCAGGUACUUGGUGCACUGGAAGGGAAGCGAAUUGAAGCGAAAAGCAUCCAGACCACUAUCGAUAACCUCAAACGGCACCUGGUUGAGCUUGAGGAAUCGGAUGAAUGGCUUGAAUCGAGCCUUGAGCAAUUCGAGAUGAAGCAAGCCGAAUACCAGCAGCAGGAAGAAUACCAAAAGGAGAACUACAUGGAAUUGAAAGCGCGCAUUGAGAAGACUCGGCAGCGAUUAGGCCUCAAGCAAGCCGAAAAUGGAAAACACGAAAACGACAAGGCCAAUUUCGAACGACAGAUCCAAAGACGUCAAACCAUGAUCACAGAAGUUGCUCGUGCAAAUAACAUCCACGCUAUUGAUGAAAAUAUGGAUCAAGAAGCUAUUGAUGCUUUCAUGCAAAAGUUCAGACGUUUCUUGCGAGAACGGAACCAGGCACUCGAGAGGGUGAAACGUGAGGCCCAAAAAGAGCUUCGCGAUGUUCAGGAUACUUUGAAUGAGAUUGGACAGCGUAAAUCUGCUUUACAAGAAACGAAGAACUCUGCCAAAAAGCAGAUAUCGAACAAUGAUAGAGAGUCCGCCAAUUAUCAAGGAAAACUCAAUGGAAUUGAGGCUGAUGAGGGUGCUCAAGUGGCUCUGGAGGCCAAGAUUGAAGACAUCAACUCGAACCUCGAACGUGCGAAAGAACGCACUAAGACUGCUUCAUGGGACCAAGGGAUCCAGGAUGUCAAUGCGCAGAUCCAACAUCUUGAGGAUGAGAACUCAAAAUUAAAUGCCGAGUUGAUCGAGUCCACCAAGAAGGCCGGAGAUUUGGCUCGGUUGGAUCAUCUCAAAAAGGAAGCGAAGGAAAAAGAACGGAGUCUUCAAACAAUGAAGGGGGUUCAUGGUGAUCGGCUCGCGAAGGUUGUCGGUUCAGGCUGGCAGCCCGAGACGUUGGAGCGCGAAUUCCAGUCCGCAUUGGACGUUGAGUCCAAACAGGUAUUGAAUGCUGAGCGAGAUCGUGAUGGUGUUAGUCGAGAACUGGAGCAGACCGAUUUCAAGCUAAAAAACGCAACGAAAGCCCUGACUCAGCGCCGAAAGGAGCUCGACGAGUGUUUAAGGGAGGUCGAAAAAGCGAUUGAUGCCGAUCUCGACGAGUACCCUACAAUAGUCAAAGACAAACAAAUCCAGUACGACCUUGCGCGCAAGGAUGCCGACCAGUAUGCUGGCAUGGGUGAAUACCUCAGCAAGUGUGUCGAUGCAGCAAAAAGAUCCAAGUGCUGUCGCACCUGCCAGAGGGGAUUUAAGACUGACACCGAACUGCAGUCGUUUACCACAAGGCUCGAGGCACUGGUUCAAAAGGCAGGCCUGGGUAUUGAAGAUGAAGCCCUGAAGGAAAUGGAAAAUGAUCUUGAGACUGUUCGUGGAGCUAGUGCGGCCUAUGAUACUUGGUUGCGUCUCAGCGAAACAGACAUUCCAGAACUGCAGAAGGACGAAGAUGCGUGUGUCGCACAUCACGACAAACUUAUGGACAAGCUUGAGAUCUAUGACCAAACCGUGAAAAAUAAGCAGGAAAGUCAGAGAGAUGUAGAAUCUCUGAGCAAGACAGUGAACACCAUCGCGAGAUAUGAUGUUGAUAUCAAGAGCAUCACUUCGCAAAUCCAAGAACUCUCUACAAACCAAGAGGAUGUAUCUGCAAGCCGUACUCUGCAAGAUAUCCAAGAUGAAAUUUCGGCGAAUAACGAAAAAUCACGCGAGUUGAAAAAGACUCUGGCCAAGCUUACAAAGGAAAGGGAUCACACCCGGAGUGAGAUUAACAAGCUUGAGUUACAGCUGAGGGAUGUCCAGAGUAAUCUUGACAGCACCAAAUUCCAGCUGGAGAAGAAGGCCGACUUGCUCAUGCGCUUGGAAGAGUACAAAACGCUCAAUUCUCAACAACGAGAAGCAAUCGAGAAAGCGGAUCGGGAAAUCGAAAGCUUGACACCCGAGCUAAUGCAGGCCCAAUCUCGCUACGACGACGUCAGCCAACGUGCGGAAGCACGAGAGCGAGACUUGCAGCAUGAUAUUACCCGCCUUUCUGAGAGUAUUCAUCAACUUGAUUUGGCGAACGAGGAAAUCAACUCAUACACUGAACGAGGAGGUCCGAGUCAACUUGAGCGGAGCAAGCAAGAGCUCUCCCAAAUCGAGACUGAAAUCACCCAACUCGAGUCCGAGCAAGGCGAAAUCACUCGAGAAAUCAACAAAAUCUCGACACAGCUCAAGGACAGUGAGAAUACCAAGCGGCAGUACUCCGACAAUUUGACCUACCGACAAGCCACACGAUCUCUGGAAGAAGUGGUGGGAGAGGUCGAGCACCUAGAAUCUCAAAAUGCAGAGGUUGAUCGCAGCCGCUUCAAGCAGGAAUCUGAACGCUGGACUCGCGAACACAAUGCUUUGGCCGCUAAGCAGGCUAGCAAAAUGGGAGAGAUGAAAUCCAAAGACGACCAGUUGAUGCAACUACUGAAAGACUGGGACACCGACUACAAGGAUGCCGCAUCCAAGUAUAAGGAAUCACAUAUCAAGGUUGAGACUACCAAGGCUGCGGUUGAAGAUCUUGCACGCUACGGCGGUGCCCUUGAUAAAGCUAUCAUGUCCUACCACGGUCUGAAAAUGGAAGAAAUUAACGCUAUCGUCGGCGAGCUCUGGCUGAAGACCUACCGCGGAACGGAUGUCGAUACUAUUCUCAUCCGAUCCGAUAACGAGAAUGCAAAGGGCAACCGGUCAUAUAAUUACCGUGUUUGCAUGGUGAAACAAGGAGCAGAGAUGGAUAUGCGAGGCCGGUGUAGUGCAGGCCAAAAGGUACUUGCUAGUAUCAUCAUUCGUCUUGCCCUGGCUGAAUGCUUUGGUGUCAAUUGUGGAUUGAUCGCUCUCGAUGAGCCUACCACCAACUUGGACCGUGAUAAUAUCCGUUCCCUGGCUGAAUCGCUACACGAUAUCAUCAAAGCCCGGCAGCAGCAGGCGAAUUUCCAACUGAUAGUCAUUACACACGACGAAGAAUUCCUGAGGCACAUGCAGUGUGGAGACUUCAGUGAUUAUUAUUACCGCGUCUCACGGAACGAGCGACAGAAGUCCAUCAUUGAGAGACAGUCUAUUGCCGAGGUAUGUUGA